ACUCAGCUUUUAAGCGUUACACACUCCAAAACACAUUCUUUGAAAACACCUUACCUUAUAAGCAUCACAGUCAACCCAGUCAUGCCUCCAAAGCAAAACAAGGAGACAGAAGAUGAGCCGAAAAUACAGGCUAUUGUUCUGGCUGAUUCUUUCCAGACAAGAUUCAUGCCUUUGACGUCCGUUAAGCCAAGGUGCUUGUUACCGUUAGCCAAUGUGCCGUUGAUUGAGUACACUUUGGAAUUUUUGGCACAGUCAAGCAUAGUGGAUGAAGUAUACAUUAUGUGCUGUUCCCACGCAGAUCAAAUUCAGGAGUACAUCGACGAAUCGAAAUGGGUUAACCUUUCUUCUCCUUUUAAAAAAAUUCAAACCAUUCCAUCGAAAGAGUCCAGAUCAGUGGGUGACGCAAUGAGAGACAUCGAUUCAAGAGGCUUGAUUACAGGAGAUUUUAUCUUGAUUUCUGGUGAUGUUGUCACGAAUGUGGAUAUCACCAAAGUCCUGGAAGACCACAAAAAAUAUAAACAAAGUGAUCGUGACUACAUAUGCACAAUGGUCCUCACUCAAGCCGCUCCAAUGCACCGCUCGAGAUCCAAUAUCGAACCGGCAUGCUUUAUCAUGGACAAAGCAACAAACAGAUGUUUAUAUUACCAAGAUUUGCCUCCAAUCAAUGGUAAAAAGACCUCAGUCAAUAUAGAUCCUGAAGUGUUAGAAGAUAUUGGAGAAUUUGAAGUGAAUAAUAGUUUGAUUGAUUGCCACGUUGACAUCUGUACAGCUACUGUUCCAACAAUUUUCCAAGAAAAUUUUGAUUAUCAAACUUUGAGAUCUGAUUUCGUGAAGGGUGUUUUAGGCAGUGAUUUAUUGAAAAAGCAUAUUUAUUCAUACAUAACUACCGAUCAAUAUUCAGCAAGAGUUGAAAGUUGGCAAACAUAUGAUGGAAUCUGUCAGGAUGUCCUUGAAAGAUGGUGCUACCCUAUUGUUCCCGAGAGAAACUUGCUUGAAGACCAAACAUACACCUAUGGAAGUCAACACAUCUACAAAGAAAAUGAUGUGAUACUUUCUCAAUCUUGUAAAUUACAGUCUUGUGUGGUUAUCGGUAAAGACUCAUUUAUUGGUGAUCACACCGAAAUUCAAAAUUCUGUUGUUGGCAGAUCAUGCAAAAUAGGAAAUAACGUGGUGGUAGAAAACUCGUACAUUUGGGAUGGUGCAAUCAUUGAAGACGGAUGUAUUAUCAGACAUGCUAUUGUGGCGAAUGAUGCUAUCAUUAGAAAAAAUGUUAUUUUGAAUCCAGGCUCUGUCAUAGGUUUUGGUGUAGUGAUCGAUGAAAAUGUCAUUGUUGCAAAUAAUGUGAGAAUAAUCAAGAACCCAAUCCGGAGUGCCACAUCUAGUACUUUGAUUUCAAGUGAGGAGGAGGACGAAGAUGAAGAUAAGGUCGAGGACGAUGAGUUUGACGUCCCUUCACGUGUUGUAAGUGAAAUGGCUUUACGUGAUCCAAAUGUCGUUGGCUAUAACGGCUUAGGGUUCCUUUAUGAAGAUGACGAAGAUUCCCAGGGAGGAAAUGGCGGAAUUGUAUAUGAGAUGGCAGAACUCAAUCUCUCUGACUCAUCAAUCGCCUCCAGUGCGAUUACUGUACACCACACGAAUAAGAAAAAGAAAAGAACGCACUCUUCAGCAAGUGGAUUUGUGUCUGAAGAUGAAGGUGAAAGUUUUGACAUUGAAGCAAUAGCAACAGUUGAACGUGCUAUGGAAAAUAAUCAUGAUUUGGACACUGCAAUGUUAGAACUGAACACGUUACGUAUGAGUAUGAAUGUGACCUAUCAUGAAGUUCGUGAAUCCUCAUGCUUGGCUAUGGUUAAACGUGUCAACCAUUUUGUAGAUACAGAUACAUUAGGUGUGAAGAAUGCUGCAGAAAAGAUAUUUAGACAAUGGGGUAAGAUGUUUGAAAGGCAAGUUUUCGAUGAUGAGGAUCAGGUUGAUCUUUUGCUGAUUUUACAAAACAUCUGUCACAAAUUGGAUGCGGAAUACAAGGCAUUACUGUUUGGCUGUAUUGCAGUUGUCUUAUACGACAUUGACAUCUUAGAUGAUGAGAACAUUAUUGCUUGGUGGAACUCUGAGGAGUCUAAGAAUGUCCCUGAAAUUAGGGAAAAGAUUGCAAAAUGGAUCGAAAUGUUGAUGGCCGAUUCCAGUGACGAAGGAAGUGAAGAAGAAGACAGUGAAGAAGAGUAAUGUUUCCUUACUGUGCAUUAUACAUAGACAUAUACAAGAAGAAAAAAAACCUUAAUUAAUUAGUAAAUAACAAAGUCAUUGUCUGCGUAUAAUAGUUGCUGAUAGUCCUUUUCAAACAAAAUCGACUUUAUUUUUUCGAGGAUAUCUAUUGAUUGAACGUCCAUUCCAUUUAAUUGGAAAACUUUCAAGAUACCAACAAAAUGUCCGUAAAUCUCAAAAUCCGAGAUCAACAAGGAAACUAGUCCACCAAUAUAUAUAUUCCAAUGACAAAUGAUUGCACAUGAGGAACGGUAAGGCAUAGAAUAUAUUAGAUCCAAAAUGUCACGCAGGAUUGAUCUGAUAAUUGAUUUAUCUCUAGUGCCGAUAAAAAAGUAUGUGAUGAAUAAUUUUAACCCAUCCAUGUAUAGCAAAUUACAGUACUUUAUAGAUAGGUCCAUUUUGUAAUCUUCGAGCUCUAACCUUUCGUACUC